AUGAGCAAGUCAAGCUUAGCUCAGACCAAUUGGACUGGUACUUGGUAUGGUCCGAUGGAAGCAUAUCCAGAAGGUGAAAUAGGUUCUGGCUGGAACGUGACACUAGAGAUUGGGCCUUAUCCGAUUACUGAUGAAAGUUGUACAACAUGGCGAAAUACAUUCACCGAGAAUGGUAUUGUGCAAGGAAUCAAGGACUAUCGUUUCUGUCGAGGAUAUGGUGCUGAAGAUCUGUAUACAGACGAAGGUGGUGGCGUGACGAUAGCUGCACAAUGGAUUGAUGAUGUGCUGGUAUCACCGUUCAAAUAUAAGGGUGUGUUUGCUGUGCACAGGAUGCAAAUGCGUAACGAUGUCCUUGAAGAAGAGACUUUGAUUACUGAUGACAAUCAAGCUAGCCCAGAAGUUGUUGUCUCAAUACGAGCACGUAGUAUUCAUCGUAUAAAAAUGAAAAAGAUAUCCGCUAAAGCGUAA